GCAAGAAUGUCGUGUAUAUCCUCUUUUAUAAUCUAGAUUAGAUUGGAUAUUUACAUUUUAACACAUCUAGAUCAUCUCAUUUUAAUUUCACAAAAAUUGUUUAUUAUUACAGGAACUUGCUAGAUCAAGAUCUUCUAGAUCUACUUUCUUUUUGCACGUUUCCGUUAUUUCAUAAAAUGUUAUGAAACGUAGGUAGUGCAUAAAAAUAACCAUGGUUCUAAACAAAUUGACGUCUCGUUUGACGUAUCUUCAGCGGACCUGCUGUGUUCUGUAUAAGGCUUCACUAGCUCCUGGAAAUCCACAUAUUUGUUUUCAGUCUCAAGCAGUUUCCAGUCGUUGUUUAACUUUUACUGUAACAGCAUCUGCUGCAUCUGUUUUUACGCUUUUGUUUUUGAGCCAAACACCACCUCAGUUAAACUCUCCAGCAUCACACGUCUCGAGAAAGCACAGUAUAGUAUCAGGAUCUGAAGAUACAGUCGUGGAGGAGAAGAGCAUGGAGGAAGUAAAGAUCAUGUCCAGACCACAGCUUUCUGAUCAAUUGAAAAAAGCUAAGGCUGAGGCUAUAUGGGGCCUGUUUGUGGCAGAUGCUUUAUCUAUGCCUGUCCAUUGGUACUAUGAGCCAUCUGACAUAAAGCAUGAAUAUGGAAGCUGGAUUAGUGGCUUUAUAGCACCUCAUGGGAAACACCCAUCUUCUAUUCUCAGGCUUUCUGCUGUUGAUGGUAGUGGACGGGGCUCAAGUUCAACUCCAAGACCAUUGAUUGGAAAUGUCAUUUUGCAUGAUAAGCUGCAAUAUUGGGAUGGAAGUAACCCAAACAAUCAUUAUCAUCAGGGAAUGAAAGCAGGAGACAAUACUCUCAAUGCUGUAAUGGCCUUGCAUGAGCUUCAGACAAUGAAUUUGUUUGAUGGUGACCUUAUAAAACCUGACAGAGAUGUCAGGGCAGCUGUGCUUGAGGACUAUGUCAAGUUUAUGACUACUCCAGGUUCUCAUAAUGAUACUUAUGCUGAAUCAUUUCACAGAAGCUUUUUUAGAGCAUGGGCAGACUCUGGAGAGCCUAAAUCUGCUUCUGACCUUAUAGAGUUUGCUGAGAAAAGAUCAAAAAACAUGCUGAAGUCACAGAAUGAUCAUCAAUUGUCUGUUGUUGGAAGUUUGGUGCCAGCUAUCCCUUGGGUCAUCAGAAAUGCUCACAAGCCAGAAGACGAAUGUGUUCAGAGCGUCGUAGAUUUUGUGAAACUGACUCACCCUGUGCCAUCUCUUGUCUCGUAUGUGGAAGUCUAUGCUCGACUCCUGCAUGCAGUGUUGAAUGGCAGAGAUCUAAAGACUCAGGUAAUGCAAUUUCUUGGUAACUCUAUUCUUGGAGGGCCAUCUAAUCGUGACAAAAUAUUAAAAAGACUUGAUGACUCAGCCAGAAUACCAAGGGGCACUGAAACAAGACUUCAGAUGUACCAGUCAAUGAUCUCACUAUUAGGCUCUGCCUGCUACAUUGAAGGUGCUCUAAAGUCACUUCUCUUCCUGGCUCUGGAGUUUCAUGAUGAUUUUGAAGGAGGUGUUCUAGCUAAUGCCAACUGUGGUGGAGAAAAUUGUCAUCGAGGAGCAGCCCUUGGUGCGCUACUCGCUGCUGCUGCUGCCAACCGGGGGGCUGAGGUGCCCACAAAGUUUAAAAGUGGACUUAACUCAUUAAAACCAAAUAUUGAAUCUGUGAUCAAGGAUAUAAUCACUUAAAAUGCUCAUUGAACUAUCUCCCCUAAAGGAUUUUGGGACAUAUACAAAUGUUACAUUGACUACUUCUGUAGAAAGUGUACAUUUGUUGUUUUUGUGUGCCAGUGUUCUUUAGUCAGUAGCCUAAUUGUGAGUGCAAGUAAUUUAAAUAUAUUCUAAAGUUUGUGUUUCUUUGUCUUCGACACAUUUUAAUUUUGGUUUAUGGUGGUACUCAAGCACUCUAUUUGCCAAGUUAUUAGGAAUCUCAAAUAGCCUGGUUUGAUUUCACCUAUCAUUUUUAUUUUCAAUGACACUGUGAUCAUUUCAAUUUAAAACAUUGUUAAUAAGUUGACUUAAUAUUUAUAUUGAUGGGUAAACUUAGAGCAAUAGUGUGUUCUUAUCAAUCACUUAGUUUGUUAGAUAUGUAUAUAUGCUAGUGUAUAUAUCUACAAGUCUUAUGUAUAGCAUUCAUGAGUUUCAGUUAUUGUAAAGACAACAUGUGUUUUAAUGUUAGCCAGAACACUUUUUUUUAUAAUCAAGUUAAGAUUUUUAGUGUAUAUUUAUUUAUUUAUUUAUUCAUUCAUAUAUAUAUAUAUAUAUAUAUGUGUGUGUGUGUGUUGAUGUAGCAUUGUGUAUAUGUAAAUAUGUAACUCAAUUAUAUCAUGAUGUCCAACAAUGUUUUUAAAAAGAUAGUGUGUGAGAUGUGACAGUGAGACAGGUGUUUCAACUGCUUUCUUAUAAGUGUAAAUUUAAAAAAAAAACACCACAUUACGUUGAGUAAUUGAAUGAAAAGUAUGCAGUUUUAAUUAGGAGAGGUCUCAAUUGUAUACUAGGUUGGGUCAUGUUACUAUUACACUAAAAGAGCUUUCAGUUUUACAUUAGGCCAUGUCAGUUUUCUGUGCCAUUUUACAUCUAAAGAGAUUGUCUUUUGCCAUUGCAACUUUUUCUGUGACUAAAGAGACCAAUCCUUAAUACACAGCUGUGGUCACAGGUUUGGGCUAUAAUCACCAGGUGCCAUAUCACUUUCACCCUUCUUUCUACUACUGUUGUGUAAGGCAUAUGCAAUCCGGGAUCCUUCCUUUAUGGGCACUCUCCGUGUGGAUCUAUUCAGUCCCACAUUUUCUCAGCGCUUCAUAUCGCGUUUGCUUACAUCAGUAUACCUUAAUAUUGGACGACCAGCGGCUUUCCUGCCUUCUGUUAGAUCACCAUGUCAGUUUUAUAUAAGUUAAUAAAAUAUUAGGUUAGGUCAUGUGCAUUUUUACAUUAGGCCAUAAAGAAACGAUCAUUAGAUGCUAAUGAUGUCUCUAUGUACCUUUUGUAAAAAACAAAAAUUGGACAACAGAUUUUAUGACCAUGUCACCAGAAUCAAAAACAGUUAGUAGAAUUUAUUAUGUUUCAAUGAUUGGGCUUAAUUGUGAAAGUGAGGAGGAUGAACAGGAUGGGAAUGCUAUGAGCAAAUUUUGCAGAUCUAGUAAAAAAAAAAAUGUGUUACACAUUAAAUCUCUGCAUUUUGAAAAAUUUUUUUGUCUGUCAAAUAACAAUAUAUGUUUAAAAACAA